CUCUGCAAAGACUUUUCUUUGCUCUGAAUCCCAGAAGAGAAACGACCAUGUCCUUCAGUGUAUGAGCUUUACUAGUUUCCCUUCAAUGGUUCUUUUCACAAACUCUGCUUUCUCUGCUACUCGAUCCUUGAGUAUAACGCCUCCAACUAAAGUGAUUUCGGCGUCCUUUUUACUGAAACUCAACUGUGUAGGCCAUGUAAUUUCUUCGUUGGUAGCAGCAUAUCUGCCAUUUGAGCGGCUGGAUUAAGGUCACUGUAUUAUUAGAUGGAGAACAAUGGUGCUGAAAUUGUGGAGCUUACAUAUUAUUGUACCAUUAAGGUUCAUCGUUUGAUGUGUCUAGAGCUCAAGAAAUUUAUUGAUAGACUCUCAGAAAUAUUUUCAGCCAUUGAGUCUGCCCGACCAAGAAGCACAUCAGGAAUACAGGCAUUUUGCUCAUUACAACGCACAAUGGAUAAAGCAAAAGCACUUAUCCAGCAGUGCUCAGAGUCUAGUAAACUUUACCUGGUAAUUAUAGCAGAGCGUUUCGUUUUGAGAUGUGAAAAAAUACAAAACACUUUGGGGUUAUGUUUGACUCAAAUUCAAAGUAUGGUACCAACAUUGUUGGCUGCAAAGAUAUCUGGCAUUGUUCAUGAUCUUAGGGGUGCAAAGUUUCCCCUCGAAUCCGCUGAAGAAGAGGCUGGGAAGGUUGUACGGGCACUGAUUCAGCAAGAAAUUUCUGUGUCUAAUUCUGUGAAUAAUUUAGAACUUGAGGCUAUUCAACGUGCAGCUUUGAAGCUGAAAAUUACAUCCCCUUCGGCUGUUUUGUUGGAGAAAAGAUCUAUUAGGAGGUUACUUGACACAGUCUCUGGCAAGGACCCUCCAAAGCAGAAAAUCUUGAAGUACCUCUUUUAUCUUUUGAGGAAGUAUGGGGAAAUAAUUGGACAAGGCUGGAAUGCUAGCACCCUUGUGCAGCAUGAUAAGUCAUCCUAUCAAUCGAUUGACCCUGAACAACAUGCUGAAAAUGCAUUAGAUGAGACUCGAGCUGAUGACUCUGGUGCACCUGAACUUCCUGAGGAAUUCAAAUGCCCCAUCUCUAUGAGACUGAUGUACGAUCCAGUAAUUAUCGCUUCUGGGAAGACAUUUGAACGAUUUUGGAUAGAGAAGUGGUUUAAUGAGGGCAACAAGACAUGCCCAAUAACUCAUAUGAAGCUGGACAACGUGUACGUGAAUCCAAACUCUGCAAUGAAGAGCCUCAUAUCAAAAUGGUCUUCCGAGCUGGGAGUUACUAUUCCUGACCCUUGUUUAGAAGCAAGCCUUGCUUCCCUUUCCUCCCUGAAAUCUCAAUCUUCCAAUUCCAUUGCUAGCUUUGGUAGUUCUAUGAAUAACUUGUGCCUUCAAAUUAGCAAUGUGUCACUACGCUCUUCAGUAACCAAUUACGGUUCAGAAAUGUCAGAUGACAAGAGUGAUGGAAGCUCUGGUUAUAGGCUCAGCCAGAUGAAUGCAGAGCCUCAAAGAUUUCACCAUUCUGCAGAUUGUUAUGACAAUAUGUUAGCCUCUCUUUCCAGACUUUCGGAACUUUCAUGGGGAUCCCAGUGCAAGACAGUGGGGGAUGUGAAAGACCAACUGCAAGACAAUAACCAAUCAUGUCCCAAUGAAAUUUCCAAUAGUUGCAUCAAACCAUUGAUUAAAUUUUUGAAGGAUGCAUGGGAACCAAGUGAUGUAAAAGCUCGGAGAGAUGGAGCAGAGGUGCUGUUGGCAAUUUUGAAUGAAAACAGUGAAAUGCCAUCCUUUGAUGAAGAUGGGAUUUAUGUGUUGGCAUCAUAUCUGAAUUCUGAUAUUACUGAAGAAGCCCUUGCUAUCAUGGAAGUUUUGUCUUACCAACCCCAUUUCAAGUCUAUGAUGGUGGCAUCUGGUGUUCUUCCCGCCAUUCUAAAAGUCCUUGAUACCCAGAACAGGGCACUUCAUAGAAUUGCCUUGAAGAUACUUUAUAAUUUGUCAUGCAAUGGUGAAAUUGGACAUCAUUUUGUAUAUUUGAACUGCAUUCCAAAGCUGGUUCCGUUUUUGGGUGAUCAAAAACUCGCACGGUUUUGCAUUAAGAUUAUGAAAAACUUAUGCGCUACUAAGGAGGUCAGGAUUGCAAUUGCUGAAACUAGUUCAUGUAUUAGUGCCAUUGCCAAACUACUUGAAACUGGAAUAGAGGAGGAACAAGAGCAUGCGGCAGAUUUUGUUCUUUCCCUAUGUCGACACGAGGGUGCUGAGUGUUUUCAACUGGUCCUGAGCGAGACCAUCAUACAAUCUCUAGCCUAUUUUUCUCUCAACGGGAAUUACAGAGUGAAAGCGAUUGCUUCUGAAUUGCUCCAGAUCUUGGAAAGUAUCAAAGAUGAUGGUUCAGAAUGUUCAAUUCCUAAAGCUGGUUUGGACCUAGACAUCUCACGUGAGUCUGUCAACCACCAUAAAGAAAGAAAAUCAUCUUUUAAGCCAUUUCGGUUCCUUGGAAAGAAGAUGUCACUGCAUUCUAUACCCAGCCGUCAGCUUCAUUCAAAACACAGGACAAGGAGGACAUGAUAGCUUUUGUGCCUCUCUCCAACCUUGCUUAUCUAGUUAUCUGUCAUACAUGCUCAUGGGAGUUGGUGGGUGAGUUUCAGCAUCGAUAAACGUCUCAUUAUUUGCUGAUAAAUGGUUCACUCCAACUUCUUCAACCAUUUAUCAAUAUCGUCAGUUUAGACUGACACGUCAGUAUUGUAAGAUAGUUAUACAAUAAAAAUAUGACUUUUAACAUUA